UUGCUUUGCCCCGUGCACGCUCUGGGGUGUCACAUGAUCGACAACGCGAGCUGUGGGUAUCUGUAUACAGUAGACAGGGAACCGCAGAAAAGUGAAACAUUACUUCGUUCAGUACAGGAUUAUGCUAACUUGAGACGCGGGGACAACCUUAAUAUAGCAUCUUUCACAAUAUGAUUGCGCUUAGAAAUACAGGAAACAUUUUUGUUUGUCUUUACUGCGCGUGGUGUUUCCGUGUGUUGUGUGGAUACAAUGUCACACGACCGGAGGCUGACAAACUUAUUCUGAAUGGCAAAUGGACACUAAAGAACUCCAACGGGACCGUGUCGCUUACUGCAACGGUGCCGGGAUGUGUUCAUUCAGCUUUGCUGCGACAGGGGAUGAUAAAGGAUCCAUACUUCAGAUUCAACGAUGUGGCGUACAAGUGGAUAGCGCUGGAGAACUGGACAUACACUACAACCUUCUUGGUGCCACCAUCGCUAAGGGCUAAACAGGAAGUACACCUUGUUUUUGAGGGAGUGGACACAGUGGCUUCCAUAACUGUCAAUGGAAUCACAGUUGGCAAGACGGACAACAUGUUUCGCCGAUAUGAUCUGCGUGUGUCAGAGGUGCUGCUGGAGGGGGAGAACGUUCUGGAGGUGCGGCUGCUGUCCCCGGUGCUGUACGCGGCGGGGCGGAGCCAGGCUUCCGCCUACCGCGUGCCCCCAGACUGCCCCCCUGAGGUUCAGCAGGGCGAGUGCCACGUCAACUUUAUCAGGAAGGCCCAGAGCUCCUUCAGCUGGGACUGGGGGCCGUCGCUCCCCACCCUGGGCCUGUGGAAGGAGGUGCGCCUGGAGGCCUACAAUGUCCUGAGGCUGAUCCAUCUCUCCUCCGUCCCUGUCUACGAUGCCUCCCUGUCCCAGUGGGCCGUGGAGGUGGAGCUGUGUGUCGAUGCUGUGGAGGCUGUGAAGGGGAACGUAACUCUUUCCCUUCCUGAGCUGGGAACCAUGCAGGCAUUCCCGGCGGUGUUCUCUGCAGGCCACACCAAGCGCACGCUCGUCCUCCACCUAGACCGGAGUACAGAGGUGAAGUUGUGGUGGCCUAAUGGACAUGGCGGCCAGCCGUCAUACCUGCUGAGAGUCGCCGGGCUGCUUGGCUCGCUCAGCCUCAGAGCAGACACACAGGUGUACUUCCGGACCGUGGAGCUGGUUCAGGAACCUAUCACUGGCUCGUCCGGGCUGAGCUUCUACUUCCGGGUCAACAGGAAGCCCAUCUUCCUGAAGGGGUCCAACUGGAUCCCGGCCCACGCCCUGCAGGACCGGGUGACCCCGGCAGUUAUUAAGAACCUGCUGCAGUCUGCGGUGGAUGCUAACAUGAACGCCGUCCGGGUGUGGGGCGGGGGAGUGUACGAGCAGGACGUGUUCUACAGCACCUGUGAUGAGCUGGGCGUCAUGGUGUGGCAGGACUUGAUGUUCGCCUGUGCCCUGUACCCCACGGAGCCCGACUUCAUCCAGACCGUGAGAGAAGAGGUUCUCCAGCAGGUGAGGCGUUUGAAGUCCCACCCCUCCGUCGUGGUGUGGAGCGGGAACAACGAGAACGAGGCGGCGCUGGCCACCGACUGGUUCGGCAUCCCUGCCUCCCAGCGCCCUCGCUACCUGAGGGACUACGUCUCCCUGUACGUGGACAACAUCCGGGCCGUGGUGCUGGAGGAGGACCGCAGCCGACCGUUCUUGGUGUCCAGUCCCACCAACGGUGCAGAGUCCCAGCAGGAGGGCUGGGUGGCAGCCGACCCCUACGACCCUCGCUACGGAGACACCCACUACUACAGCUACACCCAGGACUGCUGGGACUGGAGAACCUUCCCUCGCACGCGCUUCGCCUCCGAGUACGGCUUCCAGUCCUGGCCCUCCUUCUCCACCCUGCAGGAGGCGUCCGUGGCCGAGGACUGGAGCUACCGCAGCAGGUUCUCCUCCCACCGCCAGCACCACGACGGGGGCAACCAGCAGAUGCUGCAGCAGGCAGCGCUCCACUUCCACCUGCCCAACUCCUCCGACCCAGCCCAGAACUACAGACAUACCCUCUACCUCACGCAGGUCAUGCAGGCCCAGUGUGUGAAGACUCAGACAGAGUUUUAUCGGCGGAGUCGGAGUGAGAUCGUCGAGGGCAAAGGUCACACCAUGGGAGCCCUCUACUGGCAGCUCAAUGACAUCUGGCAGGCGCCCUCCUGGUCCUCUAUAGAGUUUUCCUCCAAGUGGAAGAUGCUGCACUAUUUUGCCCAGGGCUUCUUUGCCCCUGUGGUGGCUGUGGGGUUUGAGGAUGAGGGAGCUCUGAUCAUCUACGCUGUGUCUGACCUGAGUACAGACCUCCUCCUCCAUGCUGUGGUGUCGGUGUAUGCCUGGAGCAGCCAGGAUCCCGUGUGCGCUCUGAAAUCCAGCGAAGCUCUCGUGAGAGGUGGGAGUGCCAGCGCCAUCUUUAAGCAGCCAAUCGCUGGCCUGCUAGCCGGAUGUGGGCGGUGCAGUCGUCUCUCCUGCCUUGUCACCUUCCAGCUGCAGGAUGCCCAGGGGCCGCAGGGACCCCUCAACCACCUGUUCCUCAGCUCCCCCAAAGACGCCCUCUGUCUGCAGGCCCCCAACAUUACGGCGGUGGUCCAGCAGGACAGGGAGGGCUUCGUGGUGACCCUCCGGUCCCUCGCCGUGGCCCCCUACGUGUGGCUGGACGUGGGCGCCAUCCUGGGCCGCUUCAGCUCCAACGGCUUCCUCAUGGUCACCAGGGAAACCGUGGUGCACUUCUUCCCCUGGGAGCCCACGAGCGCCGCAGACCUGGCCCGCGCCCUCAUCAUCACCACCCUGAGAGACCUGUACUGACGGGCUGUUCAGGGAUGUUCAGAGGAGCGGAUCUAAUGACCUUUGCCCUCCCCUGAGUUGAUUUCUGUCAGGAACUGAAAUUGAGGAUUAGGGAUCAUCAAUUGUGGUAAAUUCUUUCUUUUUAUGAUUGAUAAUUUCGCUGUGUAUCACAGUGGUUUUUGAAUAUUUGUUUUGGUCAUAAUAAAAAUGUAUAUUUUUUCAUUAUAAAUUUGUAU